GUUUCCCUUCUUUAAGCGUGUCCUCUGUCCUCUGCUGGGUUUUGGAUAACAGUACUAGAGUUUCUGUCUUAUUCUUUCCUUUAGGAUUAUGUCAAGUCUCUGUUUAGCUUCAUGGUGCUUUGCUGUUGGGCUGUGGUAACAAACUUCACCAUAAUCAACCCAAAGCAAUACCCUGCAUUUCAGGUUGGGCUACCACAUAGGUGUCAGGCUGGUAUUCCUGAGCCCAGCAAAGGGCUGGUGAGUGGUGCCAGUCUCCUUGAUCUCUACCCCCUCUUUCCAACUCCAGUGAUGUUUUCUCAGGACCACAUUAUGUAGAUGUCAGCCAUGAUGAAUGCAUAGAGACAAAAAAAUCCCCGUAGUUACGAGCCUCAUGUACCAAUAGGAUAGGAUUUGGGGUGCUUAUAUGAGAGGCUUUCCAUUCACCCCUUAAAACAUACACAGGAGUCAACAAUAGGGCUCCUUAGCUAGAUGUUAGCUUUUGCAAAGGUUACAGGCAUUCUUUGAAAGUUAUCUAAAAAAGAGACCUCUUUUAAAAUUUUUAUUGUGUUUUUAAAGCAUGCGUGGGACUAUUUGCAAGACAUUCCUAUUUAGUUACAUUCCGAAAAAUAUGCUUUAAGUGGUGCACUGCUGUGUGACCUAUUGCGUUAUCACACACAUUCUGUCUCUUUAAAAACACACUCUCCUCUAUCUGCCCUAUUAAUUGUUGAUAUGUUGCCAUCCACGAGACAAAAAUUAGAGCUGUAAUUAAAUAAUCAUGUGAUGCUCCUUAGUGCCAGUGAGAGCAAACUCAUUUUUCCAGGCCCUGAUGGUCACUGAUUAUUGUAUUACCACUGGCUUGCUUGAUUUUUUUUAACGAUUCUCUCUGUAGCUUCCCUAACCACUGUCCUUUGCAAAAUUAAAGAAACUAGCAGACAUUGAGACAGUUAAUUGGCUGGAGGGAGGUCCUGAGGGAUGUAAGGUAGGGUUACCUUUUUUUUUUUCUUUGCCUUUGGUCACCUGGUAGGUUCUUUGGGAAGGCUACAUCACUAGUGUGGUUGGCUGCCAUUUAAUUUACACUGGUGUUUUGGCUGGGAUGGAGGCAUAUGGGGAAUGCCAGGAGAAUUACAAAAGGAGCUGGGUAUUAAAAUUCAGAAAUGAUUAAAAUUGAAAUAAAAGGAUGCUGCUUCUUUGCCAGUGCUCUGGCAGUCAUAAUGACACAUAGAGAUUCGCCUCUGCCUUCAUCCUCUCCUUCUUUCUCAUUUCCUCUUGUUUAUUGUUGACACAUUUUCCUUAUGUCUGCCUCUCAUCUCUGUAUCUUUUGUACUAUUAUGUGUUUCUCCUUCUCUCGCUUUCCUUAAGCAUGGAGAAGCCUACUUAACCUUAUUAUAACAAUAACAGAAUAGGUUAUUAAUAUUUAAUAUGCACAUGAUUAAAAUUUCUCUCCCUUAAACAUAGGUCAGCUGUAUUAUUAUUAACCAGCAUGUAAUUUUUCAUUUAAAAUAUUCCUACUCUGCCUUGCCGUUUCUGAAAUGCCUUCUACUUUAGUAGUGAUUUAAUACAUAAUGUUUAGAAAACUGUGGACGGCUACUGAGAAAAAGAACUUACCAGUCAUGGAUAAUCAAUUAUGCAUGAAUUCAAAUGUAACAGAUGGAAUCUGGCUCGGUGUUGAGUCAGUGUUAAAGAGAGCAGCAUCUUCUUGCAUUUGGAGGUCCUUCAGGACGGGUGAGAUAUUGGUUGGUGAUUACCAGGCUAAUAUGUCCUUUGGGUCAGACACUCGUCCUAUGAAUCAGUUGUCUGUUACAGACUGGACUGUGGCUGUUGCCAGUUCUGGCAGGUGAUCUGUAAGACAGUGACUGAGUAUGGAUCAUUUGAACGAGACAACUCAGGGGAAAGAGCAUUCCGAAAUGUCUAACAAUGUGAGUGAUCCGAAGGGUCCGCCGGCCAAGAUUGCCCGCCUGGAGCAGAACGGGAGCCCACUAGGAAGAGGAAGGCUUGGGAGCACAGGUGGAAAGAUGCAGGGAGUGCCUUUAAAACACUCGGGCCACCUCAUGAAAACCAACCUUAGGAAAGGAACCAUGUUACCCGUUUUCUGCGUGGUGGAACAUUAUGAAAACGCCAUCGAGUAUGAUUGCAAGGAGGAGCAUGCGGAAUUUGUGUUGGUGAGGAAGGAUAUGCUUUUCAACCAGCUCAUAGAGAUGGCGUUGCUGUCUCUGGGCUAUUCACACAGCUCUGCUGCCCAAGCCAAAGGGCUCAUCCAGGUUGGGAAGUGGAAUCCAGUUCCACUGUCGUAUGUGACAGAUGCCCCUGAUGCCACAGUGGCAGAUAUGCUUCAGGAUGUGUACCAUGUGGUCACUCUGAAAAUCCAGCUGCACAGUUGCCCCAAACUAGAAGACUUGCCUCCUGAACAAUGGUCCCACACCACAGUAAGGAAUGCUCUGAAGGACUUACUGAAAGAUAUGAACCAGAGUUCGUUGGCCAAGGAGUGCCCCCUUUCACAGAGCAUGAUCUCCUCCAUCGUGAACAGCACGUACUAUGCAAAUGUCUCAGCAGCAAAAUGUCAAGAGUUUGGAAGGUGGUACAAACAUUUCAAGAAGACAAAGGAUAUGAUGGUUGAAAUGGAUAGUCUGUCUGAACUAUCCCAGCAAGGCGCCAACCACGUCAAUUUUGGCCAGCAGCCUGUCCCAGGAAACACAGCUGAGCAGCCUCCGUCUCCUGCGCAGCUCUCCCACGGCAGCCAGCCCUCUGUCCGGACCCCUCUUCCGAACCUGCACCCUGGGCUUGUGUCAACACCUAUCAGUCCUCAGCUGGUCAACCAGCAGCUGGUGAUGGCCCAGUUGCUGAACCAGCAGUAUGCAGUGAACAGACUCUUGGCCCAGCAGUCCUUAAACCAACAGUACUUGAACCACCCUCCCCCUGUCAGUAGGUCUAUGAACAAGCCUUUGGAGCAGCAAGUUUCCACCAAUACCGAGGUCUCUUCCGAAAUCUACCAGUGGGUGCGGGAUGAACUGAAACGAGCCGGAAUCUCACAGGCAGUGUUUGCACGAGUGGCUUUUAACAGAACUCAGGGAUUGCUUUCUGAAAUCCUCCGCAAGGAAGAGGACCCCAAGACUGCAUCCCAGUCUCUGCUGGUAAACCUUCGGGCUAUGCAGAAUUUCUUACAGUUGCCAGAAGCUGAAAGAGACCGGAUAUACCAGGAUGAGAGGGAAAGGAGCUUGAACGCAGCCUCCGCCAUGGGGCCUGCCCCGCUGCUGAGCACGCCACCCAGCCGCCCUCCUCAGGUGAAAACAGCUACCCUCACCACUGAGAGGAAUGGGAAGCCAGAGAACAAUACUAUGAACAUUAACGCCUCCAUUUAUGACGAGAUUCAGCAGGAAAUGAAGCGUGCUAAAGUGUCCCAAGCACUGUUUGCAAAGGUUGCCGCCACAAAAAGCCAGGGAUGGCUGUGUGAGCUGCUGCGCUGGAAAGAAGACCCUUCUCCAGAAAACAGAACCCUGUGGGAGAACCUGUCAAUGAUCCGAAGAUUCCUCAGUCUGCCUCAGCCUGAGCGCGAUGCCAUCUAUGAGCAGGAGAGCAAUGCCGUGCAUCACCAUGGCGACAGGCCUCCCCACAUCAUCCAUGUUCCAGCGGAACAGCUUCAGAGCCCCUCUCCCAGCACCCUUGGGAAAGGAGAGUGUAGAGGCGUUUUCUUACCAAGCCUGCUGACCCCUGCACCAUGGCCCCAUGCUGCCCCCCAGCAGCAGCAGCAGCAGCAGCAGCAACAGCAGCAGCAACAGCAGCCACCGCCACCACCUCCGCAGCCACAGCCACAGCCCCAGGCAGGCCCCAGGCUCCCACCACGGCAGCCCACCGUGGCCUCGUCUGCAGAGUCCGAUGAGGAAAACCGGCAGAAGACCAGGCCACGAACCAAAAUUUCCGUGGAGGCCCUGGGGAUCCUUCAGAGUUUCAUCCAAGAUGUCGGCCUGUACCCGGAUGAAGAGGCCAUCCAGACCCUGUCGGCGCAGCUGGACCUCCCGAAGUACACCAUCAUCAAGUUCUUUCAGAACCAGCGGUACUACCUUAAGCACCACGGCAAGCUGAAGGACAACUCCGGCCUGGAGGUGGAUGUGGCUGAGUACAAAGAUGAGGAGUUGCUUAAGGAUUUGGAGGAGAGCGUCCAGGAUAAAAACGCCAACACCCUUUUUUCAGUGAAACUAGAGGAAGAGCUAUCCGUGGAAGGGAGCACAGACAUUAAUGCCGACCUGAAAGACUGAGAGAACAGGACUGUUUCCAGCCGCGCCCCUGGUAUUUCCUACCAACGUGAGAAGUCAGUCCACCUUGUGUUCGCUCAGAAAAACCUUCAUCGUUUAUCGUUUGGCCAAUGAAUCUUCGGAAACUUGCACAAACAGGAAGUCAGAAGGACAGGACAGACUGCACUCGAGGUUUUACUCUGUUUUACAAACUGCUUGGCGGCCCCAGGCGAAGCGUCAAGGAUUGUUGGGUAGAAUUUGUGUUCAAGGGCUGCACCCAGGUGUUGUACCCUGUCAGCAUGAUACCAGAAAUUGGUUUUCCUUUUGGUUAUUAUUAUUCUGGAGCCUCAAAUAAGCAUUAUAACUUCUGUGAUUAUGAUUGCCUUUUCUUUAAUUAUUUCUGUAACACUCCACACUAGUCUUUGGAAACCGGCCCCUUAUUUUAAAGAGAAAAAAGAAAAAAAAAAGAGAGAGAGAGAGAGAGAGAGAGUUUGUUACUCGAUUGUAUGUUAAAGAAGAACUAUAAACUGUGGAAUGCAGUUUAAAGAUGACAUAUGCCAACAAAUGCCUUGUAUUAUAUGGCACUGCCGUAAUUAAAAUUUGUUUUUUAUUUUGGAAAUAAAAGUUCACUGUAAUUUUUUUCAUCCUCAUUGUUACAUGAUUUUUUUUUUUUUUAAGGAAAAGAAAAUGUGAAACACAAUUUAGUCCUUGUGUUAUUUAUUUGUCGAUCCUGCAACAUCAUGUCAUGAUUAAGUUUUUGGAGAUUUCUGUUAAAUGUAAUGUUGCUUCUCUUGUUGCCAUACUGAUUUCCUUUCUAUUUAUAACUGUAUUUUGAUGGGCAGUAAAACAAAGUGUCUUAAAAGUUUUAAAUAGAGAAAAUGUGCUUUACACAGUUGCCUAUAAAAGUCUAUGUUAUCCAAGCAAUUCACUCUAGAAGCUUCAGUCCCGGUUGUUGUAUGCAAUUUUUACUAUCAUGCAAAUAAGCUUAGGUAAAUAAAACUAAUAGAUCACCUUAGAAAAUUAUGCAAUUAAUGUGAAAAUAAUCGAUGUUUGCGGUGUGUCUUCCUUUGGUUUACAAUCAAUUUUAAAGCGACAUCUGUAUAAAGUUUCUGUAUAAAGGUGUAUUUCUUUUUUAUGAGUUUAUGGCUAUGAAAACACCAGCUAUUUUGUUACAGCUGCUGUUUUUAUAAGUGUAUCACAGUUUUCUUUAUGCAGAAAUGUGCGGAUUAGGAGUGGUUAUUGACUGUAACUACAUGAUUAAAAUUGUUUGUACGGUAUGAUAUGGCAGAGUUUGUCUGCUUAUGUGAAGUAACUUUAGCCAAGCUCAAGACGGCCGGCCACGGAGGUGCAUGCUCAUGCUUUCUUGGUGAUAGCCUUUGGGUUCCGAGGAGAGCAACCGAACACUCCCUCCCUGAGGUACUAGAUUCAGGCUACACGUAUGCUCAGUUUUCAAUAUUUGUGGGAUUCCACAAUGCAGAUGGUGAUCUGCUUUUGCUUAUUACACUGGACAAUCAAGGCCUCCAACUGAAAUGCUACUGUAGCAGUUAGAUGCUUGGAGUGGCCGUAUCUGCUUUUCGCACACAGUCCUCCAAUCAGGGCGGUACUCUUCUUCAAGCUAGGGUGCAUUUUUAAAAGCCAUCAAUAGCAGCAGGAUCAAGGGAACAAAUGAAUCCUUCUUAGAAGAGUUUGAGGGGCGGUGGGCUGUUUGGUUUUGAUUUGGUUUACAAGUCCCAAGUAUGGAAGGUGAAUUGCUCUGACUCGAUUUGCCUGCCUUUGUCAGAACUCCAUGAAGAAGUAGGAGGAAAACCCUGGAUUCCGAGUCUUGUUACCUGCUGCAUCGUGGCCCAGACAUGGCGUGCUGUGGCUCCAGGGAAACUUGCAUUUGCUGUGUUUCUCUUUGUCUUUCCUAGCUAUCCCUUGGUUAGGGUUCCCUGAGAGUUGAAGUGGAUAUUUAGGUUCAUGGAGGCAGCGCUCUGCAGCUACCGUCCUCCUGAGGAGCAUUUCCUCAGGCGUGGGGAGCUCAUGCCUGGGGACUGAGGGCCUUCCUGUUGGUCUAGAACGGGCUCCUUGAGGCUUCCACUAACGCUUUACUUUGAAACGCAGCUGCACACCUCAGAAGGCUGCUGUUGCUGCAAACGAAUCUCUGAUUCUUUUUAUUAAAUGAGAAAACAGUGCAAAAUUUCUUGUUUGCUGGAGUUUAGGAAAAUAAUUACUUGAGCCAAAGGCAUUUGAAUUAAGAUAAUGUAGGCUAGUUUUAAAUGUUAAAAAAACAAAACACCAAAACAAGUAACGUGCCGCUAACUACAGAUUAUCAUCUGUGGCCUCCUUUUCCCAGGUUUAAGAGUGGACAGAGCAUCGAGCAGAAUUGAUGCCUUUUUUUUUUUUAAUUUAAAACAGCCCAACACUUAAGAUAUCAAAUAGAUGUAAAAUCUGAUAGGUUUUUGGAAGGAGAAAUCGAGUUGCUAGGAAGGUUUUUCCCGUUCCUAACAGUCUGAAUUAUUUGGAAUUGAUGCACCCUAAGGAAAUGAGUAUGUUGGAAAGCAACGUCAUUGUGCCGGCAAAAUUAUCAGAUAAUUUUAAAUUUCAGGUCAGCCUAGUUUUGUUACUUUAGGAUAAAGCACGUUAGCAAGUCACAGUGGUCAAAAUGGAGUGGGCAAAGUUGUACAAUACAGCAUAUUUCAGAAGAUUUCUCCUAGUGAUCUGGAUUGUGCCCCAUCAUCAUUGUCACCCAUGUCUCUCUUGUUGCCUAUGGCUGUUGGUAAGAUUCCUUUAACAAGCUUCAUUGUGUCCCAGCGUUUCGGAGGUGUUUGAACGCUGGCCAUGACAUAGUGCUUCGUGCUGUUAGAACCUUAGCAGAGUCAGGUAAUUUCCGGGUAAUAGUCAACCGUGUGCAUCUGAGUCUGUCAUAGAUUCCUACACUCAGCACUUUGCCACUAAUUUGUAUUACACUCCGUGGCCAUAUAAUACCUGCACAUUAUGCAAAAAAUGUUGUCGAUAGUAUCUUCUUGCCACGCAACAUGCAGAGCUGACACAUAACCUUUGAAAACGAAGGCGACUGGUGUGUGUGUGUGCCCUACCUGUGUGGCACUGAGUUACAAAGUCUGUACAUAUGUAUAAAAUGUGUAUCGACUGGCAUUUAGUACUAAGAAAUUCUGAGCUUAAGCGUCUGCCCCUAGAAGUAUCUAUAGUUAACAAUGCUUAUCGAAAAUACAUAGCUUGAAUAGAAAAAAUUGAAAUGGCUCGGGAGUGAGUGGAAAUGAGGGACCCACACAUGCUAGUACUAAACUCUUCCUAGUCCCCCUUGUCCACCUUUGGUCCUUGCCUGUCACAAUAUUUUCAAUAAAUGAGAUAUUAUGAACUGCCUGGUGAUAUUUUCAGCAAGAGCAAUUAAAAUGCGUGCGGCCUGCACUCUAGCAAUGGAGAUGGGACUAUUUGUGCUAAAGCCAGCCAGAAAUGUGGAUGGCAGCGUGGGGACCCAGCAGCUCCAUUGCAGGAGCCAUGAGAAAUGUUUGUAGAAGGAAGUCUCUCGAGGGAUUCGGUGUCCCCCUGAAGCAGUCCUUUAAAUGUAAAUAGUGGAUACUUGCAUGUCUUUGGACAAAAGCUGAGCUACAAUCUAUUAAAACGCACAAUUUUUGAUAAAAUAUAAAGUGCCCUCUAACAAAAUGUGGUGGACGGUGUAUGUCAAGAGUACUAUACCUGUUUAACAAUACCAUAUGUUAAAUAAAAAUAGUUUGGAAUUAA